GCAUAUAGUGUUGUUAGCCAAUUUCAUCAUGUCGGCUAUAAAGAACUGCCUAAAGAUCAGCUAUCAAGGCGAGCUGAAUUUCAUAAUUUGUGAUGCCGGCCAAAGCUAUAUGGAGAUUAUGGCGCUAGCCAGCUUCCGGUUCAACAUUCCCACACAGCAGCGUCGCGGAUUGGUGCUGACCAACGGCCAGGGAUACGUUUUUGAACCGAAGCUCUUCGAAUGCUUUCUGCUGCUCUUUCCGUGCCCCGAAAUGGUAUUUUAUUUGCGCCUGGAUUGGAAUAAGCUGCGAAGAGCGGUUACGGAACAUGUCGAGACAGCGACGCUGCCUUUGCUCAAACGUCGUCGCGAACAGCCCGCCGAAGCUGACGGUCAGCAGCAGUCAGCGGUAGGCGAGGAGGAGGAGGAGUUCGACUAUGUGGCAGUGCCUGUUUAUCGCCAGAACGCGUUCUUUGGAGUGUUCCCGAAAGUACUCUGUGAGCGACAAUGCCAACAAUUGGAGCAGACGAGGUCAAGAUCCGCCCAAGACCAAGCACGUCGAUCUCAUCAACAGAAUCAACAUAAUGAGGAACCCCAAGCGAAGCGUAUUCGCCUCAUGUUACACAGAAAGCCGCGCGAAUCUCUGGACCUGAUGAGGACUACCACUUCCAGCUCCCAUCGCUUCAUACGCAUCUAAGAUGCACGAGCAGAGCAAACCAAAUUGUUUUUUUUUUUUUUGUACAUAACUAGAAUUAAGAUGAAUC